ACUUCCCUGGAAUCGCCCACUUCUUCCACACUGGUCCUGGCGUUCUCCGCUGUCAUCUGAGAUCCUCCUCAGCUUCUCAGUGUUUACCCACCAUCUGCCUGGCAACCGUCUGAGAGCCCAGGAUUACCAGAGGCCUUCUCUUUCAACACCACCAUCUCCGCCUUCCUUCAGCUGGGUUUCUCUUGGAAUUAGGGGGGUCUGGAGGUCUGAGCUGAGAGGGGCUGCAGAGGAGAGCUGGGUCUGAGGCUGCCCACAUCCCUGAUUCUUUCUUUCUCUUCUUUUGCUUGCUUGUUAUUUCGAGAGUUUUUUGUUGAAAGUCACAGGAGGAGUGGGGGUUUGGAGGACACCCCGAACCAUGGAUCACUCUCUGUUUGGUUGUCUACGUAGCCCUCAUGCCCCGGCCCAGGGUCUCCACCCUGCCAUCACCCAAUCACCGCUGACCCUGCACGGCCGGAGUGACCACGUCUCCUACCUGGACCUACCCAGCUCCUCGCCUCCCUGUGGCUUCCCUGGAGGAGAGGACAGUGGGUUGUUUGCCAGUGCAGCCCACCAGGGCCACCUGCCCCAUCCUCAGCACCCAGCCAGCUGGCCCGUCCCCCCACAGAUGCUCUUGCCAAACAUUCGGAACAAUGUAUGCCUGCCGCUGCUGGAGGCCAUGGCCCCAGAACUGUGCUCUGAGGGGCCCAACUUGUGUGGCACCAACCCCGGUUUGGGCAGUGGUGACCCCACGGGGGUGUCAUGUGGUCCUGGGGAGUACGGCCAGCAGAGUGUGUCUUCAGAGGACCUGGUUAGAAGGAACAGAAAGGGCAAGAAUGAUAGCUCUGAGUCCCAAGACAGGAGUUAUAAGUCAGACAUGAAUGGCAAGCCCAGGAAGGAGCGCACAGCCUUCACCAAAGAACAGAUCCGAGAACUGGAGUCCGAGUUUGCACACCACAACUAUUUGACCAGACUGAGACGCUACGAAAUAGCCGUCAACCUCGACCUCACGGAACGACAAGUGAAGGUGUGGUUUCAGAACAGGAGGAUGAAGUGGAAGCGUGUGAAGGGAGGCCAGCAGGGGGCAGCAGCACGGGAGAAAGAACUGGUGAAUGUAAAAAAGGGGAGGCUACUGCCAUCAGAGCUGUCAGGGGUUGUGGCACUUCAGUGCUUGGCCGGUUCGCCGAGGCGGGUGACCGAGGAGGAUAGUCACGACAGUGAUCAGAGCUCGGAGCACCCUCCACUAUGACCUCCCUUGGUCUUCCUUCUCCGAUGGGAACUGUUACUGGACAUUGCAGAAACUAAGGAAACAUUGGUGACAUAUGUUCAACUUGCUCUGAGCAAACCCUCUCAACAGACAGUUAAAUGAGACUCAGAACAUUCCGGUGAUGAUUUGCUUCGAUGAAAACUCUUGGAUUUUGCACUGUCGAAGGUUUUCUUACAAUCAAAUUCUACUGCACUUCUUUGAACAAUCAGUACAAAAAAUGUUGUUAUGUGAAACUGAGCAGAUAUUAUGUUUUUGAAUUCAAAUAAUUUAUCGAAAUCAAAGCGGUCCCAAGACUGUAACCACUUAAAACCCAAACUUUGCAUUGUAACAUAGUUUAAAGAUGUGUUUAUCUUCAUGUUUUGCAUCGUGCUCUCUCUGAAUGUUUACAUGCAUUUUACUUGCAAAAAUCUGGAUUUUCAUUACAAAUAAAUAAAGACAAAUCCAAAUAAUGGCUUUGUGCCAAUUUCUUUGCAUGUGCACAUACAACUGGGCAAAGCAACCAACUGCCUGGGCCCUAACAACUAUAAAACACAAGAAAUGUGUUACUUUAGUACUCAUAUGUACCAAUUUUACAAAAUGCUUUCAGGGCCUUUGUCUUUUCCUUUUUAUCAUUGCCUCUACUUGCUACGGAGUACUGUCUUUAUGUAACAUUUUUGUUGUUAGACGACCUCUAGUGGCUGCAGUGAUUAUGACAGAAGCAAAGGAGAAAGUUUGCUGACUUGUCAAUAGUCGUUAAAUUAGGUUAAUCAAAUCUAUCAUUGUAACCAUAAUAGAUCCAGCUUGACAAUCCCUGUCUAGCUGUAUUGUCAAUUUCCAAUAGCGAGUCACUGUAGCAUCUUGUCUGCCCUGACGGAGUAGCGCUGC